AUGGAAUGGGUGACCCGCUGUCUGCCAGGGUUUAGUAUCAUCGGCUUGGGCCUACUCCUCGCUUCGGCAUUUUCAGACCUGCUAAGAUGGCAGAUUUGGGCUGGUGCUGUCCCUCUAUGGUUGAACCAGCCUUUCCGUGGCGGAUGGUGGAGUGGAUUAAACCUCGCGCAAAGCAUUUUCGUUGUAUACGCGAUUCUCAUCCAUCUCGAGAUGUUCGGAUUCACCUGCCGGCUCGGAUGGGCGAUAUUUCGUGUUACCGGUAAAGUAAAGGAGGCUCUUUUGAGGCGCCCAAAGCCGUCUGCUCCCAUUUCCCCAAGUUCAUGCGUUUCGGACGAGGGUUACGCAAGCCAGCAGUUGUCGCCCAUGUCGUUACCGUCACCGAGCCCAUUCAACGAAAAUAUCAACCUCAUGACGCUCGAUGAAACAAGCGAACCUGACGAGGAAGAGGUUAUACAUGCCAUCAUCCUUCCCAAUUAUUGUGAGGACUUGCACACACUCGAGACAACACUUAAGGUGCUGGAAUGUCAUCCGCGCGCCCAGUCGCAAUACGAGGUAUGGUGGAUUUGCCCCGGGCAUGAUGUGCGGGACUGA